UCUAUAAUAAUUUAUUUAUAUCAUUAAAUUUUUGUUUUUAUUUAACUGAUUAUACCUAUCUUCAGUAUGUGAUAUCCGUUUCGGUCUUAUCAAUUCAAUUUUAAAUUGCUUGAUUCUGCGAUUGAGUUGUGUUGUGUUGUGUGCAUUCAGUCUGAGUAAAUAACUUCAUUGGGUUAAACCAACAUAAAAGUUGAAGAAAUUUUAUAUUUGGGCGCCUUGGGGUUAUUUGGAAAAUAAAAUGCCAAUAACAAAGAAAACAGCUCCUCAGCGUCUUGGUGUUCGACAUGUCCAGACUUUUAUGGUGUUUCUCUGUUAUCUUCUUAAUUUUAUGGGCCGUAUAAAUUGCUCCUUUGCACUCGUUGCUAUGACAAAUGCAAAAUCUGCUAAUCCUGAUUUUCCAGAGUACAAAUGGAAUGAAAAAAUCAUUUCCUACAUAAUUAGCGGUGCAAAUAUUGGUGCAACUUUAACCAUAAUUCCUGGAAGUUUUAUGUGUCGCAAAUUUGGAGUUAAAACAACUAUGGCUUUAUCGACUUUUGGAACAUCUAUUUUGAGUCUUUUAACACCUAUAAGCAUUCCCUACGGAGGAUGGGAGCUUUACUGCGUUAUCAGACUUUUUCAAGGCAUGUUUCAAGGCAUAUUCUUUCCAUGUGUGUCCCAACAUUUGGCAAAUUGGGCACCACCCAAUGAAGUUACUCGCUUGGGAGCCUUAUCUUACAAUGGUGUUUCAGUUGGUAUUAUUUUAGCCAUGUUCACAUCUGGCUUUAUUGCCAAAUCAAGUUGGGGUUGGCCUGGGAUAUCUUAUUUUGCUGGUGGACUUGGAAUAGCUUGGAAUGUGAUGUGGCAGAUUUAUGGAGAAAGUACUCCAGCCACAUCAAAAUUCAUCAGUCCCGAUGAGAAGGAGUUUAUUUUAAAAUCACAAAUUAAAACAGAUGGCGCCCAACGCAAGGUUCCGAUUCCUUGGAAAGCUAUUUUUACAUCACCUGCAUUUUUGUCUUGUGUUGCUAUGCAUUCAGCUGGAUAUUGGGGUUAUGUUACUAUAUUACUUGAGAUUCCGUUAUAUAUGAAUGGCAUUUUGCAUAUGGACAUAAGGAGUAACUCGAUUUUUUCGUCGCUUCCUUUUGUGGCAGUUUUCGUGAUGUCAUUUAUUUAUCUCUUCUUUUAUAAUAUUCUUAUCAAGAAAUAUUCAAUCAAUAUUGCAAAAAAGAUUAUAAAUACACUUGCAAUGUGGAUUCCAGCUGGAGCAUUAAUUUGGGUUGGAUUUUUGGAUGAAAAUCAAAAAGAAUUAGCCAUUGUUCUAAUGGUUAUUAUUGUUGGUAUAAAUGCAGGUGUAACAGUUGGAAGUGGAAUGAAUAAUAUUGAACUUGCACCAAAUCAUGCCGCAUUUCUUGGAUCAAUAUUGGUUACUAUGAAAGGUGUAGCUUCAAUAAUUGCACCUUUGUUUAAAGGUUUUGUUGUUAGUGAUACGAAUGAUCGUUUUCAAUGGCAAAUUGUAUUUACAGUGGCUGGGUUGAUAUUUUUCUUUGGAAAUUUACAAUUUCUAAUAUUUGGUACAACUGAAAGGCAACCAUGGAAUGAUGAAAAUUUUUUGAAGUCAAAUCAAGAGCAAAUAAAAUUAGAAAUAAAUCGAGAAGAAGAUUUUAAUAAGUCAGAAUUGAAUGGACUUAUUGAGAAACCUUCUGUGGUAAUAAAAUAAUUUUUUAUAGUUCUUAAGAGAAAAUAAAAGACUGAAACUUA